CUUAUUAAAUAGAUUUUUUGUUCGACUUAAUAUAACUUUCGAACAAGUGAUUUCGAAAGUUAUACGGGUUGUGCAAUCGGAUCAAAAAUGGAAACGAAGCAGAUUCAAUUAUUUCUGCUUGGAAUAUUUUUGAUUUGUCGACGAGCGAAUGCCAACUCAUGCUACAUUGGAACGGUGUCUUAUGCUUGCGAGCCUGAAACAGUCAGCUUGGCGUCAGGUGUCAAAGUAUCCGCCACGAGUACUUGUGGAAUCAGCGGAGAAAAGAAUUUCUUAGAAGCAGUUACUAGGGGAACAGACGAAUUCAGAAAUGUGGAUUGUAAUCAAUUUGACACUUCGGGUUCACUCAUUUACGAUCCGAAGAACUCAGUUGACGGAACUUCUAGGACCCAUUGGAAAAGUGCCACCAUCUUUGAUAUGAACUCCAAGUCAGCUGACCUGAGAAAAGAUCGUAACGAGAUGGUGGUCAAUUUGACAGUAGAUCUUGGGAUUAUUUCAGAAAUUGAUCGUAUCUCAAUUACCUUCGAGUCCCCUAGACCAUAUAGUAUGGUCAUAUACUCAAAAGUUAGCUUUGACGAUGAAUGGAAUGCUGUAAGGUUUUACAGUGUUGGUUGUAUGGAAGAAUUUCAAAUGGAUCCUUGGUAUGGAGGAGUAUCAUCGGGACAGAAAUGUGAUCAAUCUCAGUCCGGAUUCUCACCUCAAUCAGGAGGCACAGUUGAUUUUUCUAGAGGACAGACUAAAAUAGAAGCAAGAUACAUAAGGCUAGCCAUGCUGAGAAUCCACACGCCUAGAUCUACAUCUGAUCUUCUGAGAGAUAAUCCAAUGUAUCUGAAGAGCUUCUAUUACGCAAUCAGUGACAUAACAGUACGAGGUAGAUGUAUGUGCAAUGGUCAUGCUAACGAAUGUGACUUAACGGAUCCAAAGAAUAAAGUAUGUGUAUGUCAACAUAAUACAGAUGGAGCGAAUUGUCAAGACUGUCUGAGGUUCCAUCACAAUAAACCUUGGAAGUCCCUUAAACUGGGUGAAACUCGCUUUGAAUGUGAAAGAUGCGACUGUAAUGGUCGCAGCAGUGACUGCGUUUUCAAAAAUGACGUUUAUCAAAGGAAUGGGUUCAGAAAUGGUGGGGUCUGUUUGAAGUGCCAAAAUAGCACAGCCGGGCAAAAUUGUGAGAAAUGUUUACCAGAGCAUUUUUCAACCCGAGAUGGUAAAUGCAACCCUUGUAAUUGCAACAAAGAAGGAUCCAGUGAUAUGCAAUGUGAUUCGAAAGGAAUGUGUAAUUGUAAACCAGGAAUUACCGGUCCAUUAUGCGACCAAUGCCUUCCAGGGUUCUACGGGUUUGGUUCAACUGAAGGAUGCACCAAAUGCGAGUGCGACCUAAAAGGAACUAGAGCAUCAAGAAUGACUUGUAAUCCGAUAGACGGUUCUUGUCCAUGCAAAGCUAACGUGGAAGGAAAAUCGUGCGAAAACUGUAAAUAUGGAUACUUUGAUUUGAGUGCCGAAAAUGACGAAGGAUGUCGUGCAUGCUUUUGUUAUGACCACUCAAAGAAUUGCUCGGAGGCAAACAAAAUAUUGAAUGUCGACAACAUUCAAUCAGAUCUUUCCAAAAUUGACCAGCAAUACGGUUUAAAUAUUGGCGGAUGGCGUGCCAUGACUCUACUUGGAUCCCAAUGUCGAAUGGUCCUCAGAGGAACUUCAUCGUCGUCAUCAUCUAUGACCACAGAAAAAAGCCUCAGUAUCGACUCUUCCUUUUCCAACGCAGCAUCAGAUUGUGCUCUGAAGUCGACGCCGGAGACUUUUGUGUACUUUGAGGUGCCCAAGCAGUUUGUGGGCAAUCGGAUCUCAAGUUAUGGACUUAAGCUGUCGUUCGAGCUGAAGCCGAUCGGAUCCUUCUCGGAGGUGAUGACUUCGUACCGAGAUGUGAUUGUAGAAGGGUUUGUUGGGAAAAAGGUUGUUCGCGUGAUGGCGGGACUCUACUGGCAGCGAAACACGCCACUGAGGGCCAGACAGUGGAACAAAUUCGAAUUCACCUUGACGGAGACUGAAGCUUGGCAGCCUGCCCUGUCACCCGUUGAUUUUCAGUCGAUGCUCCUCAAUGUCAACAGCAUACUCAUCAGAGGCGCAUACGGAGACAUCUCGUGUGACCUGAAGAACGUAGCUUUGGAGUAUGCGACUGAGGAGUACUCCUUCACCAGUGCACAGAAGGUGGCCUCAGAGAUAUGCCAAUGCCCGGAAGCCUACUCCGGUACACAUUGUCAGGACUGUGCGCCAGGGUACAGGAGGUUGAAUGUGGAGUUGGGUCAGUUGAGUGAGUGUGUGAAGUGCAACUGCAACAGUCACGCUUCCGACUGUGACCCACUCACAGGUGACUGCAAUUGUGAGCACAACACCAUCGGUGCACAAUGUGACCAAUGCAAGCCUGGUUUCUUUGGAUUGCCUUCUAAAGACCCUUCUGAAUUCGCUUGUGAGCCCUGUCCCUGCAGCAUUGUCUCUGAUCCCACAACUGGACUGUUGAGGAAUGGAAAGUGUGAACAGAAAAGAGAAGAUGUAGUGUGCGUGGAGUGUCCCCAGGGCUACACUGGGCCCAAAUGUGAUGUGUGCAAGCGGGGCUUUUAUCAGCGAAGUGGCAAGUGCAUCAAGUGCGACUGCAACGGAAAUGUAGACGAGUCUUCAGUGCAGAGCUACUGUGACCAACUGAAAGGCAAGUGCAACCAAUGCACCAACAACACAAUGGGGGACCACUGUGAGAAGUGUGUGUCUGACCAUUAUGGAAGUGCGUCAGACAAUCCCUCCUCCUGUACCCCCUGCAACUGUCUACCUCAGGGAUCCUCCAGGGACUAUUCUGAGGUAGGAGUGGCUGGACGACAGAGCUGCAGUCCGUACACAGGGGCAUGUGUUUGCAGACCGUAUGUAGUGGGCAGGCGAUGUGACACUUGUGUAGAGGGAUACUACGGAGUACUCAGUGGCCAAGGCUGUUCUCCAUGUGACUGUGACCCUCAUGGCUCCAAGUCCCCUUCUUGUGACGUCAUAUCAGGCCAGUGCACCUGUCUGCCUAAUGUUGUGGGCAGAAAGUGUGAUCAAUGCGCAUCUGGCACAUUCGGACUCCAAUCAAUUUCGAACACUACUACUGCAGCGCCUCCAGAGGCUUCAGAGGUGGUUCCUGGGUUUUCUGGCUGUGAGAAGUGCGAAUGCGACCCGAAAGGAAUCGAAUACUCUGUAAUGUCCAAAGAUAGUGGCCGAGAAAUGACAGUUGCCUGUGACGAGAUGGGAAACUGUGGAGCAUGUAGAGAUAAUGUGACUGGACAGAAGUGUGACAGAUGCGUGGAAAAUCAUUAUAAAGAGACGUUCGCAGAUUUCGAGACUGACUUUUAUGCGUGCAAACGCUGUGACGAGUGCUACGAUUUCGUCCAAAAAUCGGCUAACGAAAUCCGGCGUCUGGCUGACCAAUUAGCCAAGACUAUCUCUCAAAUCCAAUCUACUCCUGUCAAUUUCUCAGGCGAGAACUUUGAGCAGAAACUUUACGAGAUCAGCCAAUUAGCCGUUGAGACGUUAGACAAGGCUAAUUUGAUAAGUAAGUCGACUAAGAUAAGAAUUUGACGGAUUACGUGGACCAAUCGGACUUGGUGUGUGAUGAUAUUCUGUAUAAGCUGGAGCUGAUACGGUCUAUUCUGGAAGAGAUGGAGGCCUCGAAUGAGUCGAAUGCGAAUGCAAUGGAUAAAUUGAAGAGUCAUAUUCAGGAAACUGAGGUGAAGUUAACCGAACCUACUUUUUAGAGAAUAAGUAGCUCAAGUGGUUAUCGUGUUAGAAUCAGUGAGCUUCAUUUUGGAAAUCUUGUUUAUUUAAAAAUUUGCAACUAUCUAAACACAAACAGAGGGGUAGCGUUUGUUUGGAAUAACCUUAAAAUGAUUACACUUGCGAUCAGCUUAGUCUGUUAUUACGAACCUUCUUUUUUAGCCUAACUCGCAAAUAAAAGGUGUUCAUUAAAAGUGUUCACUGUAGCAUUGGAAAUUGCAUAGCAUCUGUUCUGUACUUCAUUG